AUGUCCACCCCGCGGCGCCGCCGCUCGCGCCGCCUCGCUGCCGCCUCCACCUCCGCGCCCUCGCCAAGCACUCCGCCGCCCAUCCGCCUCCUCGACCUCCCCACGGAGCUCCUCGGAGUUUUGCCAGUCUUUUUGACCGCGCAAGAUAAAAGGGUGGCUAAGGGCUCUGCCCGCAAGGCGCCCGCGUCGCAGACGCGGGGAAAGCCGCUGAUCGAGCCCAGCGUGCCCGCGGCCGCCUCCCGCGCAGCACCGCCGCUGCGGAAUCGGAUCGAGCCCAUGGAGGAGGAGGGCGCAGUGGCGACAUCGAAUCGCGGCCGACACACGUCACGGGAGGAAUGGGCGAUGAGCGGGAACGAUGCGCGCUACGACGCCGACUCCGCCGUGCUCGUGGCGCAGAAAGCCGCGCUCCAGGAGCACGCCAAGAUGCAAUGGCUCGCUUGCUUCGAUUCAGCUCUCUCGGCAGCAGAAGUGGGGCUGGAGCGGGUGGGGGUGGAUGCCGAUUGA